AUAUUUCGAGCGAGAGAGUGACCGGCUUCAUCUUUUGCAGGAGUUUCGACCAAUUAACAGUAGCUGCUUAUCCCUCUCUCUCUCUCUCUUAUGGCAGAGACCACCAUAGAGGGUCUCGCGCAAACCCUCACAAAGCAGCGAUCCGACCACCUCCUGGGACCACUGCACUCCUGCCCAACACGUUCUCCAACAAUUCUUGUAUCGCCAAAACCACGUAUUAGUAGAACUAGACCACCACUCUCUCUCCAGUACCCGCCGAAGCCCACUUCCUCUCUCUCUCCUCCCCGUCCACUCCUGGGUUUCUCCACACCCUUCUCGCCUUCUUCGCGGUCUACUUCAACUGUUUUACUUGCAACACCUGAGAGUCAAUUAAGUUUGGGAGACAGCCCUGAAACAAGAGAAUGGGACAUGCAAGAUUUUUAUUUGUUACGAAAGGAUGUUGAAACUACUUCAAAACGUGUUGAAGAGGUACGGGCCUCUUCCAGUCUAGAGCUGUUGGAAGAAGAAGUAAGACGUUUGGAGACGGCAGCAGCAGAUGACUCCUUCUGGGAUGACCGUACUAGAGCCCAACAGAUCCUGAUGGCUCUCAAUGAUGUCAAAGACAAAAUAAAGCUUCUGACUGAGAUCAAAACACAGGUUGAAGAUGCAGAAACAAUAGUUAAUCUUACUGAGGAGAUGGAUUCUAUUGACGGUGCACUUCUUCAAGAGGCUGUCAGUCUCGUAAAAGAAUUGAACAAGGUAUUGGAUCGGUUUGAGCUGACACAACUGCUUUCUGGUCCAUAUGACAAAGAAGGUGCUGUCCUCUACAUCACAGCUGGUGCUGGGGGUACUGAUGCUCAGGAUUGGGCUGACAUGGUUCUCAGAAUGUAUGUGAGAUGGGGAGAAAAGCAGCGAUACAAAACAAAAGUGGUUGAAAUGUCCUCGGGAGAAGAAGCUGGGAUUAAGUCAGCAACGGUUGAAAUUGAAGGUCGAUAUGCCUAUGGGUAUUUGUCUGGAGAGAAAGGAACACACCGCAUUGUGCGACAAUCUCCUUUUAAUGCAAAAGGUCUUCGGCAGACAAGCUUUUCUGGUGUUGAAAUCAUGCCUCUUCUUCCUGAUGAGUCAAUGGCUGUUGAAAUACCUGAGGAAGACUUGGACAUCAGUUUUUCAAGGGCAGGUGGGAAAGGAGGUCAGAAUGUGAAUAAAGUUGAAACUGCUGUCCGAAUAACCCAUAUCCCCACUGGGGUCACUGUUCGCUGUACAGAAGAGAGAACCCAACUGGCGAAUAAGACCAAGGCUCUAAGCAGGUUGAAAGCCAAACUAUUGGUAAUCGCUGAGGAGCAACGAGCAAUGGAAAUUAAGCAGAUAAGAGGGGAUGCAGUGAAGGCUGAAUGGGGCCAACAAAUAAGAAACUACAUUUUUCAUCCCUACAAACUAGUGAAGGAUGUUAGGACUGGGCUUGAGACUUCAGACGUUGUCUCUGUGAUGGAUGGUGAAUUGGAUCCCUUCAUCAAAGCUUAUCUCAAAUACAAAUACAGCAUGGCCAUGGCGACGGCAGUUGGGAUAAAAUGACCAUUAACCCGUGAUUUUCUUAGUCUGUUACCGCGUAAUUGUAUGUGCGUUUUUUUGCCCAUCAGGAAGGAGGAAAAUCUGCAUGUGUUUUGGUGUAUUUCCGUAUUUUCGCCCUUUAGUGACCAGUUGUGGUAAUAUUCAUAAGCCCUGGAGAGAAGUAAUUAUCCCAACUCAUCCUAUCUCAUGGGCCUCUUGGCCCAAGUUGCCCGAGAAAUUAAAGAUGAAACUGUUGUCAAAUCUAUUUAAACAUGGUUUAUUCUCUGAGCACGAGCAAACGUAGACAAGCUAUGCAUGGGAAUAUCAAUUGUAAUCUUGUAAUAAUGUGCAAUUUCAGUUAUGUAGUUACAAGAGUUCUUAAUAACAAUGGCAUUUUAGCGUCA